AUGGGCACCACGACGCUGUCGGAAAGCCGGAGCAGGAUGGGCUCGGCUGUCCAGCGCCGCACGUUUGAAAUGAUUGACGACGACGAGGACCAGGUGCGCGAGGACCUGGAGAAGUACGGCAACGAGCACGACAGGCGUGACAUGGCCCGCAUGGGCAAGAUCCAAGAGAUGAGGAGAAACUUCAAGUCGCUCACCGUGCUGGGCUUUUGCGCCAUUCUCAUGUGCUCAUGGGAGUCACUCCUCAGCACCGCAUCGCUCGCCCUCACAAACGGCGGCUCCGCCGGGCUCAUCUACACCUGGCUGAUGGCCUGGGCCGGCUUCAACGCCGUCUACGCCUCCAUGGCCGAGAUGGCCUCUGUCGCGCCCACCACUGGCGGGCAGUACCACUGGGUGUCUGAGUUUGCGCCGCCGGGCUACCAGGCCUUUCUCAGCUACGUCGUCGGCUGGCUCGGCGUCCUCGGCUGGCAGACGCUCGUCACCUCAAUCGCCUUCCAGGCCGGCACCGAGAUCCAGGGCCUGCUGGCGCUCAACUACGACACGUACGUCUUUGCGCGCUGGCACGGCACCCUCUUCGUCAUCGCCAUCAUCGUCUUCGCCCUCGUCUUCAACACGCUCCUCGCCUCGCGCCUUAACCUGGUCGAGGGCGCCAUCCUCGUCGUGCACGUCUUUGGCUUCUUUUGCAUGCUGGUGCCGCUGUGGGUGCUCGCUCCGCGCACGCCCAGCCGCGUCGUCUGGACGCAGUUUCACGACGGCGGCUGGAACGACAUUGGCUUGUCGACGCUGAUUGGCCUGAUUACGAGUGUCUUGCCGCUUCUUGGCGCCGAUGCAUCCGUACACAUGGCGGAGGAGGUACAGGACGCGGCGCGCACCAUCCCGCAGAGCAUGAUGUGGUCCAUCAACCUCAAUGGCCUGAUGGGCUGGCUCACGGCCAUUACUUUUUGCUACUGCAUUGGUGACUUGGACCAAGUGCUGCAAACCAAGACGGGCUACCCGUUUAUCCAAGUCAUUUUCAACGUGACGCAGUCCUACCCCGCCACCAACUUCCUCACCUCGAUCGUCCUGCUCAUGGCCACGUUUUCGUGCGUCACCAUCAUGGCAUCGGCCUCGCGGCAAAUGUUCGCCUUUGGGCGCGACAAGGGCCUCCCGUGCUCGAGCUGGCUGUCGCAGGUGCACCCGAGGCUUGGCGUGCCCGUCAACGCGGUGCUGUUGUCGACGGCCAUCUCCAUCCUGCUCUCGCUCAUCAACAUUGGCAGCACCGUGGCGUUUAGCAGCCUCGUCUCGCUCGGCUCCGGCACGCUCAUGGUGUCGUACAUUGUCUGCAUCGGCUGCUUCAUGUGGCGGCGGUGGGCCGGGGAGCCGAUGCCGCCGGGCCCGUUCUCGCUCGGGGCGUGGGCGCUGCCCGUCAACAUCAUCGCCCUCUGCUACCUCGCGCUCGUUUUCAUUAUUGCGUUCUUCCCGGCGGUCCCGCUGCCCGAGCUGAACGCGGCCGGCAUGAACUGGUCAUCCCUCAUUUUCGCCGUCGUCGUGGUGUGGGCCAUUGCCUACUACUUUAUAUGGAGCCGCCAGGUGUAUGAGGGCCCGGUCAAGUUUGUGAAAAAGGCCGACGGCGGUGGCGAGCUGACAAGCCGGAGCGGCCAUUUGUCGAGGACCCUGUAA